AUGCUCACCUGCAGCCAUGUAGCUGCUCCAAGUUCUCAUACUUUCGACUCCAAAAGACCAGAAUCAGAGCUUUGGGAACCAGAGGAGGUGACCAAUGAAAUGGACCCAGCUGAAACGAAAUGGGCGAUGUUCGUCACCAUGUUUGAAGGUCCAGAUGUCAUCGAGGAGGCCGCCGACUUUGCGCUCUCCCAUCCGCCCAACCCCAUCUCCAAGCGCGAAGUGCCCAAGACCAACAGGUUCAUGGUGGCCGCCGGUGGUUUGGAGCAGGGCCUGAACACCGCGGUGAAUGCGGCCCCUCUCAUGAUUGCGCCCAGGUCCAUCAUCAAGUGCUUCGAUGCGGCCUGCUCCAACAAGAGCUUCCGAGAGGGCCUGGCGGUGGAGAUGGAGGAGUUCACCAAGCUGGUUUUCUCUGUGGAGUCUGCUGCGCUGCGCCACCUCUUCCUCUCUGAGGGCCUGGCCCGUAAGGUGCCAGGCAUCGAUGAGAAGCCUGCGCCCCUGAAGAAGAUCGGAAUCCUUGGGGCCGGCCUCAUGGGCGCCUCGGCUGCCAUGUGCUUCGUGCAGAAGGGCGUCCCCGUGGUGCUUAAGGAUGCCAAGCAGGAAUGGCUCGAUUCUGGCAUGAAGAAGAUCGAAUCCCUUUGGGGCGGACAGGCCAAGAGGGGUCGCUUGAGCAAGGACAAGUUCAAGGAGUACAUGAGCCUGCUGAAGCCCACCCUGGACUAUGCCGACUUCAAGGAUGUGGAUAUGGUGAUCGAGGCCGUGCCGGAGAUUAUGGAGCUGAAGAAGGAGGUCUUCCUCGACAUCGAGAAGAACACCAAGCCGGAUGCGCUCAUUUGCACGAACACCAGCGGUCUCAACAUCGAUGAUAUCGCCACAGUGCUGAAGGAUCCCUCGCGUGUGAUGGGCUGCCACUUCUUCUCCCCUGCCAAUGUCAUGCAGCUUCUGGAGAACGUGAGGACCAGCAAGUCCUCUGUCCGCACUUUGGCCACAGGAAUGGCCAUGGGAAAGCUCAUCAACAAGAAGUGUGUCAUGGUGGGUAACUGCGAUGGCUUCGUGGGCAACCGCAUGAUCGCACCCUACGCGGGGGAAGCGAAGAUGGUCUUGGAGGAGGGAGCCACCAUCGAGCAGAUCGACAAAGCUGCCGUCGCAUUCGGUAUGGCCAUGGGCCCCAUGGCGCUGGGCGACCUGGUGGGCCAGGAGCUCUUCUGGAAGCAGCGCAAGGCAGCGGGCGACAUGAACAAGCAGACCAAGACCUACUACGGCCCCUAUGAGCUCACCGACUGGCUCUGCGAGCAGGGACGCUUUGGCAUGAAGACUCCUGACCCCAAGAUCAAGGCGCGGGCGGAACAGGCGCUGAUCACGGCGCAGCUGAGAGCCUUGAAGGGAGAGGCCGCCGAAGGUGACGCCUUCUCUCCCCGACAUGCGGUGGGCGUUGCGGGCGCCUCGCCAGUCGCGACCAAACGGGGCUGGACGGAGGCGGAGCUUCCGGACGCGGCCGUUGGCCUGGGCUCGCCCAAGGCGAACACAGGCGCACCAGCCGCGCCGGAGGAGCUUUCGGCGCUGCGUGCGCACGUAGCUGAGCUGGACCACGAGAUCGUCCAGCGGGAGAUCGUCAUUGAGGAGUUGCAGAGCAAGCUGAAGACGACCGAGGACGCCUUGGAAAAGGCGCUCUUAUCGCCAGCAGAGGGCGGGCUGUGGAAGGAACGCUACCAGACGGCUCAGAAGGAGAACGAGGUCCGUGCGAGGGAAGUGAAAGAGCUGAAGUUCAAGAUGGAUGUGAAGGGGAAGGAGAUCAAGCUGCUAAGCCAAUACGUCCGCAAGCUGGAAGAAGAGGCGCGUGUCCGCGACACCCAGCGGGAACGCCUGCUGACGGAUGCGCAGAUUGCCCGGAGCAAGUUCAAACAGACGGAGUCGGAGCAGCAGCAGCUGGUCUCCAGGCUGCACGGCUUGGAGGACGCUUUCGCCCGCUGUGUGGGGCGAAUCACCGGGGCCUUGACGGCCGGAGUGGUCGGGGUGUGUCUGGAUGAAGCGCAGCCGGUGCCGCGCUUUGUGGUGCUGACCGCUCAUCCUGCCGGCAACGGUUUGCUGGAGAUCUUUGAGGAACCCGACAGCCACUGGGAGCUUUGCGCCGUGGAAUUGUCGCCCUUGGGGGUGGGGAAGAAGCCUCCAGUGACCUUGGAUGAGAACACUUUGUCGUUGGUGACCUGCGGCGUGCUGGGCGGCGGCGUAGCGCCAAGCUUGGCCUCGGUGGCCUCGCCGGCGCUGAAGUGCCCCGACAAGGCCUCCUUCAUGAAGUGGUCUGCAGCCUUUCGAAACCUCAACUUGCUCCCCGCCUAUGGCGCCGUCUCCGGCGAAGGUGCUGCGUCGCCCAGCUCGCCGGGCCGCGGCGUGGCGUCGCCGGGAGGCUUUGCCUUCGGGGCCUUCGGCGGAGCAUCGGUGGGCGUGGGGGCACUGGAGCCGAAGGACGACGCACUGACGGAGACACGGUUGAACUCGCUGCUGGCUGCAGUGGAGGGAAACAGCAGUGGGGAACAGCGCCUGGAGCAACGCCUGAUGACAAGAUGCUGUGUGGUGGUGUUGAAGGUACAUCUUCCGGAAGAGCAGAAGGAGCACUUAUCGUUGCUUUGCUACUUGAGAGCCUACUACGCAGUGGCGGCUUGGGAGGAGGGCGUUCACUGGGUGAACAGCCAUGGGAGUUUGAUGCAUCUCUACUGUGACACGGCCAUUCUGGGACUUCGGAUCGCGCUCAGGAUGCAGAGGUUGGCCUUUGAGUUCCCCAAUUGGGCGGCAGAUGGCAUUGAGAAGGAUCUGGAAAACUGCGAGACAACCUUCAAAAUUUCUGGAGGAAUGGAGGUGGGCUCGGUGAUCCCCAUGCGCGGCGACCUCUUCGGCGAGCCGAACGCCGCGGCGCUGCAGUGGGCGGCGGCGGCGCCGCCGGGGCAGCUCUGGCUGAGCAGCGGCGCCUGUGCGGCGGGGCUGGAGGAUUUGGAGCUUCGAAAGCUGCGAGAUGCAGGCUGCAUUGAGCUGGCACAGAAGACAGAGCAAGGUGGCAGCUGCAUCUCCGUGGAGGUCUCCGACUCGCUGAAGCUCAGCAUUCCCAUCGUCCGCGCGAACCCUCCGGGGCUCGAGGCCUCGGUGGAGGCGCUGGGCGGCGCCGAGGCGCCGAGGAGCCAAGGGAGCUUCGUGGUGUCCUUCUACGCGCGCUCCGUCGGGGUGGAGAGUCGUGCCUAUCGAAAGCCGAUCCAAACCUUGCGUCUCUUGCUGAAGUUCCGCGAUACCGUACGCCUGGCUGUGAGUCGAGCACAAGGUGAGGUCUGCUGGUGCCAUGGCCAACACCUCUGCGCUCUCUUUGAGACCUCCGAGGCUGCGGUGCUUUGCGCGGACGAGGCGCAGAAGGAGAUGGCGCUGCACAAUGCCACGCGGAAAGGCGAUGUGCAACUGGGGAUGGUUUGCGCCUGCGACUUCGGCGACGUCUUCUUGAACGGACGCGACUUUGGGGGCCCGACGCUGUGGCGUGCGCAGACGCUGGCCGAGGCCGGGAAGCUGGGCGAGAUCCUGGUGACCUCGGAGGUCCUCAACACCGAGGACUGGACCACUUCCGCGCCCCACGUGGAGCUCUCAGCGACUCGUGAUUGCUUGGGUGCCACAGGACCCGAAGAUUACAUUCACUACAGCGCGGAGGUGGACCCAGAAGUGGUGGCCAAGCUGGACGAGGUGCGCAAGGCCAAGGGCGUGGUCCCCCGCGCGGUGAGCGACCAGGAGAUCUGCGAAAGGCUCUUCUAUCCUCUCAUCAACGAGGGCUUCAAGAUCCUCGAGGAGGGCUACGUGGCACGCUCCAACGACAUCGACAUCGUGUAUAUCUAUGGCUAUGGCUUCCCCCCUUCCAAGGGUGGGCCGAUAUUCUUUGCUGAGAACUAUGCCGGUUUCAAGACCAUCUUGGAGAAGCUCAAGGUCUUUGACAAGCAGGCCAAGGAGCGAUUCACCAAGAACAAGGCAUACUUGCCGAUUAACUACUUUGAGCCCUCCAAGUUGUUGGAAGCCUGUGCGGAAAAAGAGGGCAUGAAGGCCUGA